AUGGAAGAGAUGCAUAAAGGGCUAUACGGGUCUCAUAUGAAUGGCAUAGUGUUAACCAGAAAGGUCAUGCGUCAAGGCUAUUACUGGUUAACAAUGGAAAAGGAUUGUAUAGCUCUAGUAAGAAAGUGUCGUGAGUGCCAGCUUUAUAGCAAUCUGAGUCACAUACCUUUGACUGAGUUACAUAAUUUGACAUCUCCAUGGCCUUUUGUAGCUUGGAGAAUUGACAUAAUCAAAGAAAUAAAACCUCUUUUGAAUGAUAAUAAGGUGCAUUUCAUGGGCAGAAAAGCAUACCUAUUAUUGGAAUACAAGAUUGAACAUCACAGGUCUUCUCUGUACAAACCUCAGGCAAAUGAAGCAAUGGAAGCAACCAACAAGAACUUAAAGAAAAUACUCUUGAAGAUGAAUCUGUACUUUUUGGUUUAUGGGACUGAAAUGGUCUUGCUAGUUGAGUUGGGAUUGAAGUCUUUCAAAAUUGUAUUGGAGGCGAAAAUACAAGAAUAUCAGUGGGUCGAGCAGAGAUACCCACAAUUGGUUCUGGUUGAUGAAAAGAUAAUGAAAGGCCUAUUUCAUAUGUAG